CAUUCGUCGUUUAACCUGUCUUUAGUAGUCUUGGAAAUAGUACAGGCAAUAACCAAACGUUAAAUUUUUGACGGCUGCUAACGAGUGCCUCAUUGGUCCAUAUGUCGGAAUCCCGAACUGCAACUUUGGAUCAAUUUUCCGAAAAGAUUCGGACAACUUAUUUGAAAUUAUGACAUAUUCGGACACUAUCCAUACGAAGAAGCAAUAUAAUCAGAGCUUGAAGCCACAUCGAGACCUGGUUUAUAUUAUCGAGCCUUCGGCUUAGAAAUAUAUUACAUAAUUUAUUAGUCAGUAUAAAUAAAUGCCAACAAUGUCAUCGAUGGGUUAUCCGAGAGUUUGCAUAAACUUAUUAACAGGCAAACUUCAAUUCAGCACUAGUUCAUUAUCGUUUAAAAAUCAUUACGAUUCAUUAGGCCUGUCUCCAAAGGCUACGCAAAAUGACAUCAAGAGUGCUUACUACAAAUUAACCAUGAUUUACCAUCCAGACAAAAAUAAAAGCGAGGAAGCAAAACACAAGUUUCGCAAAAUCACAGACGCAUAUGAAAUAUUGGGAAGUUACAAAUCGCGAAAAAUGUAUGACCGUGGAAUCAGACCUGUUUCUGGCUCCAGACGCAUGGAAGACAGAGAUCCAGAAGAGGUGAAAAAAGAAGAUGCCCAAACUCGGUUUUACAAGUCUAGGUUGAACAGGAGCAAAAUUGUCAGUUCCGACGGUCGCACUCCGAUAUACAACUUUGAUGAAUGGGCUAAGGCACAUUAUGGUGAAUUAUUUACUCAAACUUCUGAACGAAGAGAAAACAGUAAGCGUUUGCAAAGGGAGAAAGAGGACGAACUUCUACGAUCGCAACAGACCGCAAUUGGCAUGCCGAUUAUUCUUCUAGUUCUGUUUACCUUUGCAUCUGUCUAUACUUAUCGGGAUAGCACAAGUUAUGAUGUAAACCGAGUCAGCCGUGAUACAAACGAUACACAUGCUUCUUCGUCAUCAGGAAUCAAUGGUAAUACAAAUCGCCCUCCCAAUAUCUGAACGGCAAAAAAUGCAUUUUCAGCUUCAGAUCAGAUCAAUUGUCAGCUGUUACUGAGUAUUGUACAUAGUAGAAAAUUAUUUAUAGUGUUUACGCUGCUGUUCAAAUAAAAAAUACUUUAUUCAAAUA